AUGGAUCCUUCCGAUCCUUCCCACAUUGCAAAAAUGUUCAUGGAUUAUAUGAAUGAUGACAUCGAUGAAGAACUUGUGAGACUUUACUUUGAAAUUCAAGCGCAAGAAGGAGUUGCAAGCUCUAGCAGGCCGAGGCGUCAAAGAAGGAAUAUAGAGAGGAAUCGUGAAGAGGGACAUAAUCGAUUAUUCAAUGAUUACUUUUCGGAAACUCCGGUAUACACAGAUGAGCAGUUCCGUCGAAGGUAUCGAAUGCAUAAACAUGUGUUCCUUCGUAUUGUUGAAGCUCUUGGUCAACAUGAUGAGUAUUUUCGGAUGACAGUUGACGCAACAGGUAGAUCAAGUCUUUCACCGCUACAAAAAUGCACUGCUGUUAUUUGUAUGUUGGCUUAUGGAGGAUCUGCUGAUAGUGUGGAUGACUAUUUAAGAAUUGGUGAAACAACAACACUAAAAUGUGUUGAUAAGUUUAUAAGGGGUGUGAUUAGCAUAUUUGGGGCACAAUACCUGCGAAGGCCAACUACUGAAGACGUUGAACGCCUUCUACAGAUGGGAGAGGCACGCGGCUUUCCUGCAUAUUUGGGGCACAAUACCUGCGAAGGCCAACUACUGAAGACGUUGAACGCCUUCUACAGAUGGGAGAGGCACGCGGCUUUCCUGGACAAUAGUGUGGAUGACUAUUUAAGAAUUGGUGAAACAACAACACUAAAAUGUGUUGAUAAGUUUACAAGGGGUGUGAUUAGCAUAUUUGGGGCACAAUACCUGCGAAGGCCAACUACUGAAGACGUUGAACGCCUUCUACAGAUGGGAGAGGCACGCGACUUUCCUGGUAUGUUAGGGAGCAUUGACUGUAUGCAUUGGGAAUGGAAAAAUUGUCCUGUUGCUUUGAAAGGACAAUAUGUUCGAGGUGAUCAUGGUAAACCCACUGUUAUGCUCGAAGCAGUGGCUUCACAAGAUUUAUGGAUUUGGCACGCAUUUUUUGGAGUAGCGGGUUCAAACAAUGACAUCAAUGUACUAAACCAAUCUCAUGUCUUCAAUGAUGUUCUCCAAGGGCAAGCUCCUGAGGUAAAUUUUACUGUUAAUCAUACUGAAUACAACAUGGGUUAUUAUCUAUCAGAUGGCAUUUAUCCUGAAUGGGCCACAUUUGUGAAAAGCAUCCCAAUGCCACAAGGGGAUAAGAGAAAAUUGUUUGCCCAACACCAAGAAGGUGCAAGAAAGGAUAUUGAACGGGCAUUUGGAGUUCUUCAAUCUCGAUUUGCAAUCAUACGCAGCCCGGCUCGAUCUUGGCAUUUGGAUGCACUAAAGCGUAUAAUAGAUACGUGCAUUAUAUUGCACAACAUGAUUGUUGAAGAUGAACGCGCUACAUAUGGUGGCAAUUUUGAUUAUUCUUAUGAUCAUUUAGGCGACGCAACUGCAGUACCUGAUGCUUCUAAUAUUGAUUUUCAAGAUUUCUUACGUAGAAGAUUUCAUGUUCGUGAUAAGCAAAUUCAUCGUCACCUUCAACAAGACUUGGUAGAACAUAUAUGGGAACGUUUUGGGCCUGAAAAUAACCAUAAUUGA